AUUCGACCAUCUUGUUCUCCGCCAUACAGCGUUUCUAUACACCGUGCAUGCUCGCUUCCCAUAACGUGAAAUCAAAUUUCAAGGGUUUUGCCUCUUCGGUCACAUGUUAGACGAGCCCGUACGGUUCAACCCCCGAACAUCGGCAGGAACAUUUUCUUAGCGUCGCUUUUUUCGCCCUCCGGAUCCGCGAAGUCACGACGAAUGCCAAAUGUCUUCCUCGCAAUCAGAUGAUACCUCCUCACCUCAUACGACCUCGAGCAUAGUGGCGCAGAAUGAGCGCGCAGAACCACCAGACUCGCAGCCGCAGGGCCCUCCUGUGCGGCGCCCGAGCUUCGAGAAGCUGGACCCCGUAGAGGUCGCAAAGGCGUUGCAGAUUGCGGAGCUGCUCAAGGACACGAAACAGCAGCCAAAGCCCAAGGAAACGUCUCCCAAGAAACCGACCCCGCCCAAGCCAGAGUUUAUCCCUCGUCCUCCUCCGGUGCCAUUCUCCGGAAACUCGAACCCGGAUGCCGUAGCGCUGCGCGCGACGACCGAUCUACUGCAGCUGCAAAAGGCCCGCGCUGCUGAGAAUAUCCAGCGACUCGAGCAACUCAAGGAGCUAAACAGAAAGGACCCGAAGGAGUUCCUGCGGCAACUCAUGGCUGGGAACCUUAAGGCAAGCAGCGGCGAAAAGGACGGCAUUUUGGGUCCAACUGUGGGGCUGGAGGUCGAGAAGUUACUUGCCGCGCUGGAAGUUGGGAGCAAGAAGCUCGAACCAGACCAGCCGCUCAGCUCCAGCAGAGAGAAACUGGAGGAGGGGGCCAAGCAGGAGUUUCCACGCUUCCCCAUGCCGCAGAAUAUCGUACGAACACCCGCGAUCAACUGGGCCAAGUACGGUAUUGUGGGCGACACGCUUGACAAGAUGCAUGAAGAACAGCGAACAAAUCCUACGCUAGGUGAACCGGAGCGGCUGGCGACACGAAGCUCACAGCCUACAACUCCUGUAGUCGAAUCGGACCAGAUCUUGGAGAAGGGCCCCGAGCCCAAAGCGCCUCGAUUUGUCAUGGCUGCACCGUACGAUCCGCUAAAAGACCAGCUGAAGAAAGGCGGGAGAAAGCCGUGGUAAAAAAAAAAUACAAAAGAAUUUCAUACCGGAAUGGAUCUCUUGGGACGACGUGUUACGUGAUUUUGAUGAUGAAAAAACUUCACUCAUGAAUUAUGAAAGCCGAGAAUGCAUAUGCAUAGGCGCGAUGAUGGGGUUAAGAUCGUACAGCGAUUUGGAUUCUUCCUCGUGCCGGUCACGAUGCCGGGACGAGUUAUAUAAAUACUAUCGAUGGGUAUAGAACAAUGGGUCGUCGUUAAGUCCCGCAAAGGGCUUCGUAAGUGAAAAAUGCCACUCAUAUCAACAAAGAAAAGAUGUUCGCCA